AUGAGUCUGAUCGACGAGUUUCUCUAUUCAAAAUUCUCAACUCCAAAUGUCAGAAUAGUCUCCGGGGUGAUGUUGAUUUUGGUUUGCCUAACCGGUUCAAUAAUAAAUAGUCUCAACUUCAUUGCAAUAAUAUUCCGAGUCAAUAAACGAGAUGGUUUUCUAAAAAUAUGCGGAUUGAGUAGUUUUGGAAACGCUAUUGUAUGCAUUGGAUACUUAUGUUUCCCAGUUCCAGUCAUGUUCAUACAAUCCGAGCCAAACCACUGGCUCAAUGCUGUAAUGGGUCAACUAAUCGGAUGGUUUGCAUGGAGUAUCGCUCCGUUAUCUCAAAUUUUAUUGGCGAUAAACAGGAUAACCGCUGUCUUCUUCCCUCAUCUUCACAUGAAAAGUUACAAGUACUCACCUACUAAUGUCUAUUUAAAGUAUCAUGUCUUCCUUAAUCAUCUCAAACACCAGAAGAAAGCCCAACGACAAUCCACCAUUCACAUCUUUGCCUCAAGAAUUCAAGGAUUCGUCUAA